AUGGACAAAAUUCUCGAUGAACUCUUCCCUUCCAUCGCAGUCGGCAAAUAUGUCGCUUCCCCUUCACUAGAUCCAGCUCGGAUUUACCUCCCGCCCAACGCCGAUCCUACCAAAAAGCUCCCGCUUCUCGUCUACUACCACGGCGGCGGCUUCAUCGUCGAAUCCGCCUUCCCCCCGCUCUAUCAUAAGCACCUCAAUCGCUUAGUCACUCAAGCCAACGUCGUCGCCGUCUCGGUAAAUUACCGAUUAGCCCCUGAAUUCCCGCUCCCGAUCGCGUUCGAGGAUUCAUGGCGCGCUCUCAAGUGGAUCGCCGAGGGCGAGGAGGAAUGGAUCAACGAAUUCGCCGAUCUGAAGAGUGUGUAUUUAGGCGGGGACAGCGCUGGCGGGAAUAUAGCACACAAUAUCGCAAUGCGGGUUGGAGAAUCCGGAGGGUUUCAAUUUGGAAGGGAUGUUCCUGAAUUGCCCCGCCUUUGGAUCCGAUUGGACGCGAAACGGCUGAGGAGUUCAAGAAGUGGAUGGAUUAGUGACGGAGAUUAG